AUCUCUGACUACUUCACUUUCCUGGCUCCAAUUGACUUGCAAGGCCGGGGACGUCGAUUUACAGCAUACUUUAAUAAAUUAUGUGAUUUUUUUGAUAAAAUGAUAGAAAACCGAUUGGCAGCUACAACUGGAGAAGGUAGGACUAAUCAAGACAUUUUGGAUGUGCUUCUUCAACUAAGUCGAGAAGAUAAUUCCAAGCUUACUAGGCGAACCAUAAAAUCCUUCUUGUUGGAUUCUUUUAUCGCUGGAAGCGAGACGAGCUCAACCACACUGGAGUGGGCGAUGGCAGAAUUGCUUCGCAGGCCAGAACUGAUGAAGAGGGCUAGAGAAGAGAUCAUUACUGUAGUCGGAUUCGAGAGAGAAAUUGAAGAGUCUGAUAUCUCAAAACUACCGCUCCUCCAAGCAAUUCUGAAGGAGACACUCCGGCUUCAUCCACCGGUUCCACUUCUACUACCUCAUAAAGCAGAGGUAAGCACGGAGAUAAAUGGCUACUUGGUCCCGAAGAACACUCAGGUGCUCGUAAAUGUGUGGGCGAUAGGUCGAGAUGAGCAGGUUUGGGAGAAGCCGGACUGCUUUAUGCCUGAAAGGUUUAUGGAAGCCGGAAGCAGCAUAGAUUUUCGAGGGCAGCACUUUGAGCUAAUACCAUUUGGUUCUGGACGGCGAAUCUGUCCUGGACUGCCUUUGGGCGUUCGGAUGGUUCAGCUCAUGCUGGCCUCACUCAUUCAAUCCUUUGAAUGGAGUUUGCCGGACGGAAUGAAGCCUCAGGAUUUGAAUCUCAACGAGCAGUUUGGUAUCACACUUAACUUGGCUUCUCCACUCAAGGCUUUGGCUAUUCCUGUCAGAAAAAUGUGAUCGUCAACUUGCAAAUCAGGGCUUGUAAUAUCUAAGCUUCCUUCAAUGGCUGUAUCAUCACCAUUAAACUUCCUAUUGAUUAAAGUACUAUUUGACAUAAAUUAUUAUAUGAAAUGCUCUUAAUUAAAGUACUAUUGA